CUGGCCGCUGAGUCCAGGCUCCGCACGGCCACCCCAGCCCGCUCGGCAUGGCCGCGAGAGAGGAGCUGUACAGCAAAGUCACCCCCCGGAGGAACCGCCAGCAGCGCCCCGGCACCAUCAAGCAUGGAUCGGCGCUGGACGUGCUGCUCUCCAUGGGGUUCCCCAGAGCCCGCGCACAAAAAGCCUUGGCAUCCACGGGCGGAAGAAGCGUUCAGGCAGCUUGUGACUGGCUGUUCUCCCACGUUGGUGACCCGUUCCUGGACGACCCGCUGCCCCGAGAGUACGUCCUCUACCUCCGCCCCACCGGCCCCCUCGCCCAGAAGCUCUCGGACUUCUGGCAGCAGUCGAAGCAGAUCUGCGGGAAGAACAAGGCGCACAACAUCUUCCCCCACAUCACGCUCUGCCAGUUCUUCAUGUGCGAGGACAGCAAGGUGGACGCCCUGGGGGAAGCCCUGCAGGCUACCGUCAGCCGCUGGAAGUGCAAGUUCUCGGCCCCCCUGCCUCUGGAGCUCUAUACCUCCUCCAACUUCAUCGGCCUCUUCGUGAAGGAGGACAGCGCCGAGGUCCUCAAGAAGUUCGCCGCCGACUUUGCCGCAGAGGCCGCAUCUAAAACGGAAGUGCACGUGGAACCCCAUAAGAAGCAGCUGCAUGUGACACUGGCCUACCACUUCCAGGCCAGCCACCUGCCCACGCUGGAGAAGCUGGCCCAGAACAUCGACGUCAAACUGGGGUGCGACUGGGUGGCCACCAUCUUCUCUCGGGAUAUCCGAUUUGCCAACCACGAGACCUUGCAGGUGAUCUACCCCUACAGCCCGCAGAAUGACGACGAGCUGGAGCUGGUCCCCGGGGACUUCAUCUUCAUGUCCCCCAUGGAGCAGACCAGCACCAGCGAGGGCUGGGUCUACGGCACGUCGCUGACCACCGGCUGCUCCGGUCUCCUGCCCGAGAACUACAUCACCAAAGCCGACGAGUGCAGCACCUGGAUAUUCCACGGCUCAUAUUCCAUCUUAAACACGUCUUCCUGCAACUCCCUCACACUGGGCGACGGGGUGACGGAGAGGCGGCAGUACGAGGACCAGGGCCUGGGGGACACGACGCCCCUCACCAUCAUCUGCCAGCCCAUGCAGCCCCUGCGGGUCAACAGCCAGCCCGGCCCUCAAAAACGAUGCCUCUUUGUUUGUCGGCAUGGGGAGCGGAUGGACGUGGUGUUUGGGAAGUACUGGCUGUCCCAGUGCUUCGACGCCAAAGGCCGCUACGUACGCACCAACCUCAACAUGCCCCACAGCUUACCUCAGCGCAGCGGUGGCUUCCGGGAGUACGAGAAAGACGCUCCCAUCACCGUGUUUGGGUGUAUGCAAGCCAGACUGGUGGGCGAAGCCUUACUCGAGAGCAGCACCAGCGUCGGCCACGUCUACUGCUCCCCGUCCCUCCGCUGCGUCCAGACCGCACACAACAUCUUGAAAGGUUUACAACAAGAAAACCAUUUGAAGAUCCGCGUGGAGCCUGGCUUGUUUGAGUGGACAAAGUGGGUCGCCGGGAACACGUUGCCCGCGUGGAUUUCCCCAUCGGAGUUGGCUGCAGCCAACCUGAGCGUCGAUACAACCUACAGACCUCAUAUCCCGGUCAGCAAGUUAGUGGUCUCAGAAUCCUACGACACGUACAUCAGUAGAAGUUUCCAAGUAACAAAAGAAAUAAUAAGCGAGUGUAGAAGUAAAGGAAAUAACAUUCUGAUUGUGGCCCAUGCGUCUUCCCUCGAAGCGUGUACCUGCCAACUUCAGGGCCUGUCGCCUCAGAACUCCAAGGACUUCGUACAAAUGGUCCGAAAGAUCCCCUAUCUGGGGUUUUGUUCCUGUGAAGAACUCGGAGAAACGGGAAUAUGGCAGCUCACAGACCCACCCAUCCUCCCUCUCACGCACGGGCCAACUGGAGGCUUUAACUGGAGGGAGACUUUGCUGCAAGAAUAAGGCUCGCGAGUGAAGGGGAGCCAGCAGCCUGCUGGAGAGGCGUCUUUUUGAGCGUUGAGCGGCAGUGGGGAGUCCGCCUGUUCUCAGUGGACGGCUCGGGAUGACCAUCAUUCUUCCUUUCACGCUUGCAGUUCUUAGGAUGAGACUGGGUAAAUGAGAUAAAGGCUUGCUUCAGGGGAAACAAACCAACAAAACACAGUCUGGGCUCUUGUCUAGCUAGCAAGGCUUUUGAAUCGUCUUCCUAAAUCAGGGCAGUGCCCCUGCCACCCCAAGGCUGAAGGAGCCUCAUCCCCCCCAUCCCCCACCCCCACCCCCACC